CGCCUGGGAUGUCGCCCUAGAGCUGUACGAGCGGCUGGUGGGUCAGGGGGUGGUGCCCGCCGCCCACCCGCCCAUCUGCGCCGCGCUGUGUCGGCUGCUGGCCCAGCAGGUGGCGCCCGCCUACCAGGCGCUCUUCCCGCAGGGGGUGCUGGGACGCAACGCGCUGUGGGGCGAUGUGCCGCCCGCAGCGGUGGUGGGGGGAGGAGGAGGAGGUGCAGGAGGUGCGGGAGGUGCAGGAGGUGCAGCCCCGCAGCUGAGCCCCACUGCGCUGCGGCUGCUGAGCAUGCUGGGGCCGUACAUCCACCGGGAUGUCAGGCUGUUCACCAAGGUUGUGCGGCUGGUGCGCUUCCAGCUCGCCUACCCCCAGACAGCAGCCCCAGCAGCGCAACCCACCCCGGCCCUGGCGGGGUCAUCGGAAGCAGCACCCUCCUCCUCCCAGCCCUCCCCCCAGCCUCCCCCCUCCUCCUCCCCUCCGCUGCCCUCCCUGGAGGAGCUGCUGUCCGGCGUGCUGCUGCCCGGCGCCGCCUGCUGUCCGGUGCACCUGCCGCUGGCUGCGGACGUGUGGGAGUGCGCGAAGCUGCUGCCGGUGCAGGCGCGGUUCCGCAUCUACGCGGAGUACAGGGAUCUGUCCCAGUCCCAGCCGCUGCUGCAGGCCGCCUGGCGCCUGGCCACCGUGGAGACCAAGAAGGUGCUCAAGCGACUGGUGCUGCCCACGGACCCGCAGAAGAAGAAGGAGGCGUGCAGGCCCCACGCCCGCAUGGUGGCCAAGGUGGCUCACGCCAACCCGCUGCCCGUCAUGGAGGCCAUUGUGACGCAGAUCGAGGUGUACGACAACCAGAUCGAGGUGUCCCUGGAGGCGCUCAAGUACCUGUCGCCCUUCAGCUACGAUGUGCUCACCUUUGUCAUUCUAUCCAGGCUCGCCAUGGACCGUGACAAAGUGAAGGAGGACGGGGUCAACAUCUCCGGCUGGCUGCAGGCGCUGGCUCGCUUCACCGGGGCGGCAUGCAGGCGCUUCUCCGACCUGGAUGUGGGUGCGGUGUUGCAGUUCCUGGCCAACACGCUGCGGGCGGGGGACGCGUUCGACCUGCUGGUGCUGCAACACAUCAUCGGGGCCAUGACGGGUGUCCGUCUGGAGGCGGUGCUGUCCGACGAGCAGCUGGACGCGCUGUCGGGUGGUCCGGAGCUGGUUGCUGAGGCGGUGGUGCUGGACGCGGGGGAGGCGGAUGCGGCACUGGGCAUGGGGCGCACGGCCACCAGCAAGGACCUGGCCAAGGGGCGGCAGCGGCUGCUGAGGGCGCUGGAGGAGCCGGACGGUCGUCGCGCGGGCGGCAGCAGCAGCACCAGCCCCCCCGGCGGCUCCUCCGCCUCCCUCACCCUGCCGCUGCUGGUGCUGGUGGCGCAGCAGCGAUCCAUUAUCAUCAACCACACCGACUCCAAGCUCAUCAAGUUCAUCGCGACAAUGUACGACAGAUGCCAGGACACACUGCUGCACCUGACCGAGUUCCUGCGACUGGCACUGCCGGUGGAGGCGUAUGCGGACAUGCUGCCCAUGCCGGAUGUGCUGAGACGCGAGUACGGUAUUGAUGUGGAGGCGGUGUGGCACAUCUACCGGCCCGUCAUGAGCCGCCUGCUGGACGCGGCGGCACCGCAGCCGGCGGAGGAGGGGGAGCUGGAGGAGGGGGAGGACGGCGGGCCGGCGGUCUCCACCGGCGCCGACCCCACCACCUCAGCCGGUGGCGCCGCCGCCGGCACCGCCUCCUCCUCCGGCGCCCUAGCCCCGUCCUCCUCCGCUGCUGCUGCUGCCCCCGGUACCUCCUCCUCCUCCCUCCUCCUCCGCGGUGGAAAUGGCGGCAAUGGCGGCCUCAGCGGUGGCGGUGGUGGUGUGGAGGAGCCGCGAGUGGGCGACAAGACGUGGGCGGGGGUGCUGUCGGGGCUGCCUGCCUGCUCGGGCAGCCCUGCGCUGUGGGGGGUGGUGAGUCCGGAGCUGUACGCCACGUUCUGGUCUCUGCAGCUGCAGGACAUUUACGUGCCGGUUAAGAGGUACGAGAAGGAGCUCCAGAACGUCAAGGACCAGCUGCAGCUGCUUGAGAACAACUACCUGAACUACAUCCGCCCGGGUCUGCAGAGCAACAGCGGCUACUUGAGCAACAACCUGCAGCAGCAGUACGAGACGUACAAGGCGGAGAAGGCGGCGCUGCAGGAGAAGCAGUCCCGACUGAGUGGCGAGUUGGAGCAGCGGCGGCGCCACGUGGAGGAGGUACGGCAGCGGCUGCAGCUGCAGCGGGGCGCGUUCUUCCUGCCGCGCAUGCCGCCGCCACCCCAACAACAGCAGCCUGCUACUGGUGCUGCUGCCACCACUGGCAGUGCAAGCCAGCAGCAGCAGGACGAGGCGGGGGCUGCUGCGGCUGCAAACGGACAGAAGGCGGGGGCGAGUGGUGCAGCAGCAGCAGCAGCUGGGGGGACUAGGCCGCCGGUUCGUGCUGCCCCCACCUACAACCCGGUAGUACAGGAAAUGUUCCUUCCUCGUCUGCUGUUCAGCGCCUCCGACGCGCUCUACUGCGCCCGCCUGGUGCUCGCGCUGCACCACCUGGAGACCAAGCACUUCUCGCUGGUCAUGUUCGUGGACACGGCUGUGCGCGCCACCAUCCCCGUGCUGCGCUCGCUGACGGAGGUGGAGGCCAACAACCUGGGCGUGUUCUGGUUCCAGCUGCUCAAACAGCUGGUGGCGUGGCACAGGGAUGAAAAGCUGUUCAUCGAGGAGUGUUUCCGCAAGGCGCCCACUCCCGCCACCGCCAAGAGCCCCCACAACAACUUCAAGUCCAAGAUGAUUGUGUGGCACGGCGUGAUCAGCUCCACCUUCCGCGCCUCCCUGGAGAGCGGAGACUACACGCAAAUAGCCAACGCGCUGUCCGUCAUGGGGAGACUGGUCACGGUUUGGCCCGGCACCAUCCCCGCCGCCAACUCGUUCCGCGGCUGGGUCGAGAAGCUUCAGAAGGAGGACCCGCGCGAGGACAUCAAGACCAUGGCCCGCAUGCUGUCGCAGCUGGAGUACGGCGGGCCGGGCAUGGUGGAGAGGCAGCGGGCGGCGGCGGCGGCGGCGGGAGGCGCGGGAGCACGGGGCGGCGCCGGCAGCUCCUCCCCCGCCAACCCGGCCUCCAAGCCCGCCCCGCGCCCGCAGCAGCAGCAGCAGGCGGCAGGCGGCUCACAGGCUGGGUCAGCAGCAGCAGCAGGCGAGGGAGGCCAACACAAGCAGCUGAACGCCUCUGCAAAGCCCUUUGUGCCCAAGGCGACUGCGGAGGGCUCUGGCGCCGUGGCAGGGUCAGCAGCACCCAACGACGGCAACGGUGAUGUGGUGACGGACUCACGUGGCGGCGGCGGCGCAGCAGCAGCGGCGGCGGCGGCGCGGAAGCGUCCUCGCACGGACGGUCGUGGUGACGGCGAUAAGACGGCAGCCGAUGGAGACAAAGCAGCGGCGGGUGGUGACAAGGCAACAGCCGCGGCCGCGGGUGGCGGUGGCGGUGGGGAUGGAGGCGGAAAGAAGCAGCGGGUCGAGGGCGGCGGCGGUGCUGAUAAGGAUGCCGGCAAGGGCCGAGGCGGCGGCGGCGGUGGCGGUGGUGAUCGGGAUCGGGAUCCGGAUACCUAUUCGGACGCGGGUGGCCGGGCGGGGUCUGAGACGAGCGGGCGGUGGGGGGACAAGAUGGCGGAGGGCGGUGGUGGCAAGGAGGGCAAGGAGGGCAAGUCGGAGAAGGAGCACCGGGAGCACAAGCGGUCGAAGGACAAGGACAGGGACCGAAGCGGCAAGGACAAGGAGAAGGACAAGGAGCGCCGCCGAGAGGAGAAGGAGCGCGAGCGAGCGGAGAAGGCCGACGAAGGCGCCAAGACCUCCCGCGGAGGAGGCGGAGGCGGCGGCGCGGACAAGGACAAGGACGCAGGCCGGGGCGCGAACUCCGCUGCUGCUGCUGGUGCUGCUGCUUCGGGAAGCGGAGGUGUGGAGGGCGGCAAGGAAGGCGGUGGCGGUGGAGGCGGCUCGGGUUCGGUGCGAGACCGAUUGGACCGGGGUGUCAGCUCUACAGCAGCGGCGGCGACUGAGGGCAGCAAGGAGCGGGAGCGGGAGAGGGAGCAGCGAGCCUCCUCGGCAGAACGCCCCCGGACGGGGGGUGACGCGGGUGGAGGAGGAGGAGGAGGAGAGGCGCGUCGUGGG